AUGAUGCUCAAGAUGCUGCCGUUUAAGCUGCUGCUGGUGGCCGUGGUUCUGUGCUUCUUCGAGGGGGAUGCCAAGUUUGGGGAGAGCGGCGCCCGGAGGAGAAGGUGCCUCAACGGGACCCCGCCGCGGCGGCUGAAGAAGCGGGACCGGCGGGUGCUGUCCCCGGAGGCCCCGGGCGGCGGGGAGGCGAUGUGCCGCGGCCUCUACCCCCGCCUGUCCUGCUGCUCCCGCUCCGAGGCGCAGGCUCUGCCGCACGCCGAAGCCAAGGUCCUUUCUGUUACCAACAACACAGAAUGUGCGAAGCUACUGGAGGAAAUCAAGUGUGCACACUGCUCACCUCACGCUCAGAACCUAUUCCACUCACCUGAGAAAGGGGAAACUCCUGAAAAAGAACUAAUGCUUCCCUACCUGUGCAAAGACUAUUGUAAAGAAUUCUAUUACACCUGCAGAGGUCACAUACCAGGUUUUCUCCAAACUACAGCUGAUGAGUUUUGCUAUUACUAUGCAAGAAAAGAUGGUGGUGUGUGCUUUCCAGAUUUUCCAAGAAAACAAGUGCGAGGGCCAGCUUCUAACUCCCUGGACCACAUGGAAGAAUACGACAAAGAGGAAGAGAUCAGCAGAAAACACAAGCACAACUGCUUCUGUAUUCAGGAAGUUGUGAGUGGACUAAGGCAGCCUGUUGGAGCAGUACAUUGUGGGGAUGGAUCCCAUCGCCUCUUUAUCCUUGAGAAAGAAGGAUACGUGAAGAUUUUCACUCCCGAAGGAGACAUACUCAAGGAACCUUUUUUGGAUAUACACAAGCUUGUUCAAAGUGGAAUAAAGGGAGGAGAUGAAAGAGGACUGUUAAGCCUUGCAUUCCACCCCAAUUACAAGAAAAAUGGAAAGCUGUAUGUGUCUUAUACCACCAACCAAGAACGGUGGGCUAUUGGACCUCAUGACCACAUCCUUAGGGUCGUAGAGUACACAGUAUCCAGGAAAAAUCCACACCAAGUUGACAUGAGGACAGCAAGAGUGUUUUUAGAAGUAGCAGAACUACAUCGAAAACACCUUGGAGGACAGCUGCUGUUUGGCCCAGAUGGUUUCCUAUACAUUUUUCUUGGAGAUGGCAUGAUCACUCUAGAUGACAUGGAGGAGAUGGAUGGUUUAAGUGAUUUUACAGGUUCUGUAUUGCGCCUCGAUGUCAACACUGACCUGUGCAAUGUCCCUUAUUCCAUCCCACGGAGCAACCCACACUUCAACAGCACCAACCAACCUCCUGAGAUUUUUGCACACGGACUCCACAAUCCAGGCCGGUGUGCUGUGGACCGGCACCCAACAGAUGUAAACAUCAAUUUAACUAUACUUUGUUCAGAUUCAAAUGGAAAGAACAGAUCUUCAGCAAGGAUCUUACAAAUAAUAAAGGGCAAAGACUAUGAGAGUGAGCCCUCCCUUCUAGAAUUCAAACCAUUCAGCAGUGGCUCCCUGGUUGGUGGAUUUGUGUAUCGGGGCUGCCAGUCGGAGAGGCUCUAUGGAAGUUACGUCUUUGGAGACCGCAAUGGAAAUUUUUUAACACUGCAACAGAGUCCUGCAACCAAACAGUGGCAAGAGAAACCCCUCUGUCUUGGCAACACUGGCUCAUGUAGAGGUUUCUUUUCAGGCCCUGUCUUGGGAUUUGGAGAAGAUGAAUUAGGUGAGAUUUACAUAUUGUCAAGCAGUAAAAGUAUGACACAGCCUCACAGUGGAAAACUUUACAAGAUCGUUGACCCAAAAAGGCCUUUAGUCCCUGAAGAAUGCAAAAGAACAGCUCAGCCUGCACAGAUACUGACAUCUGAAUGUUCAAGGCACUGUCGGAACGGGCACUGCACUCCCACAGGAAAAUGCUGCUGUAAUCAAGGCUGGGAAGGAGAGUUCUGCAGAACUGCGAAAUGUGACCCAGCCUGUCGACAUGGAGGUGUCUGUGUAAGGCCCAACAAAUGCUUAUGUAAAAAAGGCUAUCUCGGCCCCCAGUGUGAACAAGUGGACAGAAACAUCCGAAGAGUGACAAGGGCAGGUAUUCUGGAUCAGAUCCUAGACAUGACAUCCUAUUUGCUGGAUCUAACCAGCUACAUUGUAUAGUUUCUGGGACUAUUUGGAAAUUCCACUUUCAACGGGCAUUUGUUUUGAAUCCUGUCAUUUUUGAAAGACUGUUAUCCUGCAACAAACACCGGUGAUUUGAUUUACUUUAUUAAUUUAAGUGUAAUAUCCACCAAUGUGCAGAAUAAUCCCCUGUAUGUGUGUAAAUAUUCCUGCAAUAUGUGCACACAUACACACGCAGCCGCUAUCACAAAUACGGUUUUGCAGAGAGUGGAAUCUUUUUUAAUAUUUAUUUCUUCAUGAGAAAUAGUUUACGAAGCAAUUCCACUGUAAAACACAUUUCUGUCAAAGGACUUUCCUGGUGUCUUAAUGGAUUCUUUGACAUCCCAGAAAUCUCAUUCCUGUACCUAUCUGAUUAUAGCAGUGAGAAAGCAGUUUCCAAACAUCGCUGUAUAAACUGCUGGACUUAAUCAAAUCCAGUUGUAACAGUUUCUGAGGUAAACUGAACUCCAUCAUGAGACAAUAUUUCAGAAGUGCUUAAUGCAUUCCUAUCUAGGCAAUUCAUUGUAAGACUGUAACCUUCACUUUCAUCAAUGUAACUCUAUUACAGAAUGUUAUUUCUUUAUCUAGCAUAGAUGCAAAAAUCUGGUUAUCGCAGCUUAAUAUCAAGAUUGUUUCAAGUGUUUAAUAAUUAAAUUAUAUUCGCAUAUUUCAAAACCAGUCAUCCUAGAAGGUCUGCUUUUUAUCAUAUAUUUUAUUUAACGAUGGGCACUGGGUUCAUGUUACAUAUUUAUAUUAUUUUAUUUUAUUUUUAUAAUAUAGACAUCACCCAGAUGAGACAGCUUUACCAUGUCCAAAUACUAAAGUUACAUUUUUCACCAAGGUAAUUGGAAAGACUGGGAAAGAGAGAGCAAACACACACACACACUUCAGUGUGUUGUGGAUCUAAUCUAGAAAUGUACCCUUGUGUCAACUUUGUGUUCAUUUACACCGGAUGAGGAAAAAAAAAGCAAAUGCCCACCAUCCACAAUAAAAUUGCAGCGUGUGUCCCUGAAGUGAUUUUCACUGUAGCAGGACAGUGCAGGAGGUGAUACACAGGCAGACUCUGCCCAUGCCACACUGAAAGGGGCGUCCGGGGCGAGGGCUCGCAUGAGCACAGGCUGCCUGUGCAUCGUGGCACGUGUACAAAACCUACAGCAGCUCCUGUCCCAUGCAGCUCUAAGGGUUCCUUGGAGAGCCAACAGAAAACCAGGUCUUUGUAAAUGUAUCAGUAAAUGUGGUGUACGUGCUGUAGCCAGGUUUUCUGAGGUAUUAAUUAAUUAGAUGUAUCUGCAGAACUGGUGCCCUCUUAUCUCUGGCUCUGCUGGCAGUUUCUUUGUUCACUGCUUACCAACUAUCAGGUUUCUUUUGCACUACCUGCAAACUACCUACUGCAGCUUUUAUAAAAUCUUGCCUAAGAAAAGAAAGCAGAGCAGCACCAGUGUGCACAUCCUGUGGUCCUUAGAAGCAGCUGCUCAUGCGUCAAAGAUUGCCAACACUUUAGCCAAACAGAUCUAAAAGACUUUCACCAUGUUACAUUCCAGUAGUAAAAUCAUCUCUCCAGGGCAGCAGCAUGCAACAAAUUUUCCUUUAUAGAAAUUUGUCAGUGUUCAUUUAGUGAGUAUUAAAUCUGAAAUUACAGCAUAACUGAUACUUGCAUUUCUGUGUCUCACACAUUCCAGCUCCAAGGAACAGACAAUUAAUUACAUUUGCCUUCCAUAUAUGUUUGCCUGGGUUUCGAGUGACCUCAUGCCCAAUGGAAAUUGGUUGAGAAAUCUUGGUUAAGUGCUCAGAGAACAAUGGUCUGCAUUAAAAAGUGCAUGCAUAAUUUUGCACAAUGUAGAUUCAACUGACAGUCCAUUGAAAGACAUCUUGGGAUUAAAUGAGCAUGAAGACCAAAUUGCCCUCUCACCCCAGAAAAGGGUGGUCCCUUAUAGUCACACGAACACUUCAUUGGCUAAGCAGUGUGACCAAUCUUAAAAUGAACCCUGUGGUAGCAUCUGUAGGUUAAUAGCAGCUCUUUGUCUCCGCUGCUUUCUGCCUUUAGUCUUUUCCCUGAAUUCCAUCACAAAAAGUUCUACAAUUAAAAAAUGUCCUGACAACCAUUUUUGUAAAUUGACCUUAGCAUCUAAUCUUUCCUUAUUCAACGUGGGUGACAAAAAUGUGAACUUCUCAUGAAUGAGCCAGCUGUCUAAAUCUGUCACAUAGCACGGUUUUAUUACACUCUUCAUAAUCAGCAAGGCAAGAAAGUCGCUGAAGUAUUUUAGCAACGUUUAAAUAUCUGACAGAGAUAACAUCUUUAACACUUUCUUCAAUGAAAUAUAUUUAAAAAUAAACCCAACUUUAACUCUACUGUGACACGUUGUUUUCAACAACCAGCUGGGGAGAUGUGAUAGCUCUUUUCUCACUGCUUAGUGCCUUAAAAAAUACCACAGAUGGCACCUAAAUUGGAGGUUCACAAUAAUAUAUACAUGCCACAGUCAUGCAGAGAACAGAAAACAAUGAUCUUGGAGUUUUGAUCUAAUAAUAACGAAAAUUUAGUUUACUAGUUAAAUCUGAAAAUAAAAAUCCAGUAAGAGCUAAGAAUUAAAUCCAGGCCUCAUUCAAAUCAACAGCAAAAACUCACAUCGACUGUGCUGCACCCAGAAAAUCUAUUCCAAAUUUAAGCAAAAUUCUUUAGUUUGUUUUAUUUAAAAAAAAAAAAUCUGCUCUGAGUCAUUCCAUAAAAAAUUCAAAAUGAAGAAAUAAUCUAAAUGAAGGUUUGAGGAAGAGGGAGAUAGUUUGUGAAACUGUUUUGAUUCAUUUUUAAAUCAUCUUUUAUAUUGUGUGAAAGCAGGCAUCUGCAUUAAGCCCACAUGUUCAUAGGAAGUCCCAGUGGAAAAGAAGUAUUCUCAUAAAAAAAAAAAAAAAGAAAGAAAAAAAAAUCCUAGCUGCUUAUUUAUCAAAAGAAAUUAUACUAUUAAAAAGAGUGAGCAAACCCCAGGCCUAGCCACCCAAGAUGCUGAUAUAAAAAGGGCAACUGCAGUAAUUGCCCUGAGAAUUGGCAUACAAAAAAAAAAAAAAAAAAAAAGAAAAAGGAAAAAAAAAGGGUCUGUAGAAAGCCUGUUGCCAGUUAGGUCAUUCUGCAGCCAUUCUCA